AUAAACUCGCGGCUUCGGCACCGAUAUAAAAUUUUCUCCUCCCUUCCGGCAGAAACCCUAUUACCUGUCUGAGCGCUCGGCGAGCCUCCUUUAAAUACAACAACUACUUGCGGCUAUAGUUGGUAAGAGAAGAUCGAGCAUGGAGACAGCGAAGGUCGGUCGAACUGUAAAGGAUGUGUCGCCACACGAAUUUGUCAAGGCGUACUCAGCCCAUUACUCAGCCCAUUUGAAACGAUCUGGCAAGAUUGAACUUCCUCACUGGACUGAUAUUGUUAAGACUGGAAGAUUCAAAGAGCUCGCUCCAUAUGACCCAGAUUGGUACUACAUUAGAGCUGCUUCCAUGGCAAGGAAGAUCUAUUUGAGACAGGGCAUUGGAGUAGGUGGCUUUCAGAAGAUCUAUGGAGGUCGCAAGAGGAACGGUAGCAGGCCUCCUCAUUUCUGCAAAAGUAGUGGUGCGAUUGCUCGCCAUAUUCUGCAGCAACUAGAGAAGAUGAAUAUCAUUGAAGCCCAUGAGAAGGGGGGAAGAAGAAUUACAUCGCAGGGCCGCCGCGACCUCGAUCAAGUUGCUGGGCGUGUGGUGGUUGUGGCAUGAAUCCUUAGCGGGUAUCUGUCCUUUACAUGUUCUUAGGAUUUAAUAUUCCAUCUUCUGCAAAUUUUGAUGUAUGCUGCUUCGUGUGAAUCUGAUUUUAAGAUGUAUUUAUUACAAUUACCAUUUCCAAUUUCUUUAAUUGUAAUUCUGGACUUUUGCGUGGACCUUUGAAACUA